GGUGAUAUCGAAACCGCGGAAGGUCGUCUGUCUGUCCCUGCAAGCGGACGAGGGACUCUUGGGUAGGACGUCUCACAGGUGACCCCGCUGCCGCCGCUGCUGCUGCUGAGGCUGAGGCUGAGGGAGAGUUGAACAGGUAACCUGCUCUUUCUGGAAAUCUGAAAGAGCCAAAAGGAGUCUCCGGGCAGACGCUCAGUAGCCAUGUCAACCCUCCUGCGCUGCAUCUCCAGCUCUUCUGUCAUUUUCCUCCAGCGAGGGGUCCGUCAGAAGAUACCUGGAAGGAGGCAAUUCAGGACUUUCCCUGUUUUACGGGACCAAAAGGCCUCCAGAGGUGUGCUCUACAAGGACGUGGUGGUGGGCGUUCCUAAGGAGACGGUACAGAAUGAGCGUCGUGUGGCGCUGUCGCCUGCGGGGGUGCAGGCGUUGGUCAAACAGGGAUUCAAGGUGCAGGUGGAGAGUGGAGCCGGAGAGGAAUCCAAGUUCUCUGACCAACAGUACAAAGAUGCUGGAGCCACCAUCACUGAUGUCAAGGGAGCCUUUGGCUCAGACUUGGUCCUCAAGGUCCGAGCCCCCAGUUUGAGCGAGACGGAUCUCCUGAGGCCUAAGACCACCCUGGUGAGCUUCAUCUAUCCAGCACAGAACCAAGAGCUGAUAAAGAAGCUGUCAGAGAGACAGAGCACUGUGUUGGCCAUGGACCAGGUGCCCAGGGUCACCAUCGCACAGGGCUAUGAUGCACUCAGCUCCAUGGCUAACAUCGCUGGGUACAAGGCCGUGGUUCUGGCUGCCAACCACUUUGGCAGGUUCUUUACCGGUCAGAUUACAGCUGCAGGAAAAGUACCCCCAGCUAAGGUCCUGGUUAUUGGAGGUGGAGUGGCUGGUCUAGCAGCAGCAGGGGCAGCCAAGUCAAUGGGAGCCAUAGUCAGAGGAUUUGACACCAGGCCAGCAGCCCUCGAGCAGUUCAAGUCAUUUGGGGCAGAGCCUUUAGAAGUAGACCUCAAAGAGUCUGGCGAGGGAGUCGGAGGUUACGCCAAAGAGAUGUCCAAAGAGUUCAUUGAGGCCGAGAUGGCCCUUUUCGCCAGGCAGUGUAAAGAGGUCGACAUUGUCAUCAGCACUGCCCUGAUUCCAGGCAAGCGGGCUCCCAUUCUCAUCAAGAGGGAGUUUGUGGAGUCGAUGAAGGACGGCUCCGUGGUGGUGGAUUUGGCUGCAGAGGCAGGCGGCAACAUCGAGACCACCAAGCCUGGCGAGCUGCAUGUUCACAAGGGAGUAACACACAUUGGCUACACAGACCUGCCCAGCCUCAUGGCCACCCAGUCCAGCACUCUGUAUUCAAAUAACAUACUAAAGCUGCUGAAGGCCAUUAGCCCAGACAAGGAAUACUUCCACUAUGAGCCUACAGAUGAAUUUGACUAUGGAACAAUUGACCACGUCAUCCGCGGGACUCUUGUCAUGAAGGAAGGCAAGAACAUGUUCCCAUCCCCGCUCCCCAAAACAGCCCCCCCAGCGCCAGUGAAACAGAAAACCAUCAUAGAGUUGGAGGCUGAGAAAGCAUCAGCGGUUUCUCCCUUCAGCCGCACCAUGACCUCUGCUGGCACCUACACUGCAGGUCAGAGACCAAUACACGGAUCCACCCAUAUGGAAAGAAGUAUGAUGUACUUGGGCUCAGGCUUGUGCUGUGUUGGGGCCCUGGCAGGCCUCUCUGCCCAGCGCACCAGUCGCUUGGGGAACGCCCUGGGCAUGAUGGGAGUGGCAGGGGGCAUUGCUGCCACCCUCGGUGCCCUCAAACCCUCACCAGAACUCCUGUCUCAGAUGUCUCUGGCCAUGGCCACUGGGGGAACCCUGGGUCUGACCAUUGCCAAGCGUAUUGAAAUCUCCGACUUGCCGCAGCUCGUGGCCGCCUUCCACAGCCUUGUGGGGCUGGCAGCUGUUUUCACCUGCGUCGCCGAGUUCAUGAUAGAGUACCCCCACCUGGAAACUCACCCAGCCGCCGGUGUUCUCAAGACUGUGGCGUACCUGGGCACGUACAUCGGAGGCGUCACCUUCAGUGGAUCACUGGUGGCCUAUGGCAAGCUUCAAGGCAUCCUGAACUCCGCCCCCCUGCUUCUGCCGGGACGACACAUGUUGAAUGCCGGUCUGAUGGCAGCGUCAGUGGGAGGGAUGGUGCCUUUUAUGCUCAGCUCCAGCUAUGGUACUGGCAUGGGGUGUCUAGUGGGAGUGUCGGGGCUUUCCACUGUUAUGGGUGUAACCCUGACAGCAGCCAUCGGGGGCGCUGACAUGCCCGUGGUCAUUACCGUGCUGAACAGCUACUCCGGAUGGGCGCUCUGUGCUGAAGGUUUUUUACUUGAGAACAAUCUCAUGACGAUAGUCGGAGCUCUGAUUGGCUCCUCCGGUGCCAUCCUCUCCUACAUUAUGUGUGUGGCUAUGAACCGCUCCCUGCCCAAUGUAAUCCUGGGAGGGUACGGCACCACCUCCACAGCGGGCGGUAAGCCCAUGGAGAUUGUUGGCACUCACACUGAGGUCAACGUGGACCAGACCAUUGACAUAAUCAAAGAAGCCAACAGCAUCAUCAUCACACCAGGUUGGGGUCUGUGUGCAGCCAAAGCCCAAUACCCAAUUGCAGACAUGGUGAAGAUGCUCAAGGAACAAGGAAAGAGUGUCAGGUUUGGCAUCCAUCCAGUUGCCGGUCGCAUGCCCGGCCAGCUGAACGUCCUCUUGGCUGAGGCUGGUGUUCCCUAUGAUGUGGUCCUGGAGAUGGAUGAGAUCAACGAAGACUUCCCAGAAACAGACUUGACACUCGUCAUUGGAGCCAAUGACACAGUGAAUUCUGCAGCACAAGAAGAUCCCAACUCUAUAAUUGCUGGCAUGCCUGUCCUGGAGGUGUGGAAGUCCAAACAGGUGAUAGUAAUGAAGCGUACUCUGGGCGUGGGCUAUGCUGCUGUCGAUAACCCCAUUUUCUACAAGCCCAACACGUCAAUGUUGCUGGGAGAUGCCAAGAAGACCUGUGACAGCCUGCAAGCCAAGAUCAGAGAGGUCUACUACUGAUUAACACCCGUUAAUAACGGGUACAGAGGCAGGUUGACAGAUACUAUUUUUCCAGCAUUUGCUUUCAGGACCUAUCUUUUUGGUAAAACAGAUUUCUUGGGUCUGCAACAAUUGUGAUUCUAUUACAGAGAUGCCAAAGAUUCAUUUUUUUUUUUCUUUUUUGAAAAUAAGGGACAUGAAUAACUCAAACAUAAAUGUGUACUAAUUUGUAAAUAAAAAUAUGUAAAAAU